AUGGCGCCACAGUAUAAGCUCUCCGAUUCGGAGUCUGAAUCCGAUAACUCUCUCGCUCGACUUCUAUCCGACGAGGCUCUGGAGAAAGGGCUGCGCGAUGAAGUUGCCAGGAUCUACGCGUCGGGGAACAUGGAGAACCUGACCGUGAAGCGCGUGCGCCUCGCCGCUGAAAAGAAAUUGGGUCUUACAGAGGGUUUCUUCAAGACUACAGAUGAUUGGAAAACGAGGAGUGACCAGAUAAUCAAGGAGGAAGUGGAGAAUCAAGACAAUGGAUCGAAAGAGAAAGAAUCGCAGCCUGUCGAGAAAUCGCCUUCGCCUCCACCCUCGCCUCAGAAGGCCGCUAAGCGAGCAAAAGCCGAGAAUGCUCCUAAGCCGAGGAAGCGCCAGAAGACACAGACUCCCAUUUCGAAGAAUUCCGAGGAUGAGGUAUCUGACAAAAUAGAUGAUGAAAGUGAGGAAGAGGUGGCAAAGCCACAGAAGCGAAAGGUGCCCAUGAAGAAGGAUACCAAGCCGAAACCCAGGAAAGAAGAAUCGCCCGAAGCUUCAGAUGUCCCCGAUGAAAACCCCGACACUGCCAAACCGACUGUGGAAGCUGCGAUUGAUGAUUCCGAAAGUGAGAUGUCUGUGGUCCUGGACGAGGAGCCUAAGCCUGCGCGCAAGAGGUCAAAGAGCACCGACACCGCCGGAAAGAAAGAGAAAAAGAAGGGCAUGCCUAAACCCAAAGGUAAAGAGCUGGAAGUUGACCCAGACCAGGAAGAGAUCAAGAGAUUACAAGGCUGGCUUGUCAAGUGCGGGAUACGGAAAAUGUGGUGGCGAGAGCUUCAGCCGUAUGAGACUCCGAAGGCGAAGAUCAAGCAUUUGAAACAAAUGCUCGAGGACGCAGGAAUGAAGGGUCGGUAUUCUUUGGAAAAGGCCAAAGCGAUCCGCGAUGAAAGGGAGCUCAAGGCAGAUCUGGAAAUGAUCCAGCAGGGGGCAAAGCAAUGGGGCACUGGCGGAGAGCAAGGUAGCGAUGAACCUCCGCCGCGUCGGGCUGCUGCGCGAGGCCGACAGGCGCUCGCAUUUCUGGAGGAUGAGGAUGAAGAAAGUGAUUAA